GUGCUCACAGUAUGACGGAGCUCAGGGCCCUCACACUGCUGCUGCCUGCCCUGCUGGGCUGGGCCAGCGGCCAUCCCGCCCGCGGGAGGAAGAGCUUCAACAAGCUGCUGCUGAUCUCCUUCGAUGGCUUCCGCUGGGACUACGACCAGGAUGUGGACACCCCCAACAUGGACCGCCUGGCCCUGCAGGGUGUGAAGGCCAAGUACCUCACGCCGCCCUUCGUGACAAUGACCUCCCCAUCCCACUUCACCACCAUCUCAGGUCGCUGGAUUGAAGACCACGGAGUCAUUCACAACAUGAUGUUUAACACAGAGACAAACUUGAAACAUUCCUUCAAGACCACACAGAACAAGACUGAGUGGUGGGACAAUGGUGUCCUGCCCCUCUGGAUCACAGCGCAAAGACAGGGGAGGAAGACGGCGUCAUUCCACUAUCCUGGGGGAGGUGCUAAGUACAAAGGGGAAGCUGUUCAACGGUCGUUGGUGGAGUCCUACACUCACCCAAACAGCAAUGAGACAGAGUGGAGGGAGAACAUCGAUAUUGUCAUGAACUGGUUCACUAAGGAAGACUUUGACUUUGUGACUCUGUACUAUGGAGAGCCAGAUAACGUGGGACACCAAUUCGGGCCCGAAACAGAGAACAGAAGGAUGAUUAUUCAGCAAAUCGACAGAACCAUCGGGUACCUGGUGGAAACCAUAGAGAGGUAUAGCUUGACUGAGCACCUCAAUGUCAUCAUCACAUCAGAUCAUGGCAUGACCACAGUAAAAAAGAAGCCCAAUGUCACUGAGAUCCUCUUGACCAACUACAUCAAGUUCAGGGAUAUGAUCAAGUUUCAUAUUGUGGACUAUGGUGGCUUUGGGAUGCUCCUGCCCAAACCAGGGCAAGAAGAAGCCGUUUACCAAGUACUGAAGAAUGCACACCCUCACCUCAAUGUGUAUAAGAAGGAGGAAUUUCCAGAACGCUUCCAUUUUGCUAAACACCAGCGGGUACUGCCAAUAGUGAUGUAUGCUGACUCUGGUUACAACAUCAAUGGGCAACUUAUAAUAUAUUUCAACAAAGGAGACCACGGCUUUGACAAUGUCUACAUGGACAUGAAGACCAUAUUCAGAGCUUUUGGGCCAGAUUUCAAGAAGAAUCACCUCACUGAGCCUUUUGACAGCAUCCACAUCUACCCACUCAUGUGUAAGCUCCUGGGGAUUACCCCCGAGCCCCACAACGGCUCCCUGGCAGUCACCCAGGAAAUGCUUGUAGACUCUUAUGACCAGCAACCAGGCAGCCCCGUGGGCCCCGCAGUCUGUCCUGCUUCCCCUCAAGGCAGAACGCCACGGAAAGGGGGGAACCGCUUCCCUGCCUCCCUGUGCCCACCUCCGAGGUCCCUCAGGAGAGGCGCUUCCAGGGCGCAGCCUUGGGCAGUGCGGGGUCGGGACCGCCGGGGCGGCCCGCCUGACCGGACUCAGGGCGUCUCUGGAAACGUUCCGGCUGCUGGCGACGGUGCGGGGAGCUCGCCUUGCGCCCCCUCCGCAGGGAGACCCCUGCUCACCGCCCGCGCCGCCCCCGGCCGUCUCUCCCCGCCCUCCAUUCGGGACCAGCUCUUGCACCGGCGCCUUGACCCGAGCGCGCUUCUCCAAGGAGAGGCAGGGCGGCACCGCCCGGGCCCGCGGCCCCUGGGCCUGAGGAGGCGGCUUGCGGGCGGCGGGGCUCCCUCUCGCCCAGGCGGAGGGGACGUGUCCGCCCAUGCGGGCCUCACCAAAAGACCCCCGAGGAGGUGCAGGGACCUCCUCGAAAAUGAUUACCUGGCGCUUGGCGUGACUGGACGCCGCCAGAGAGGCGACGCCGCCCGCCCUGCACGAACCUGGCGCCAAAUUGUGGGCUCCGCCCCUUCAGCGCUUGGCCCCGCCCUGUCCCCGCCCUCGCCCUAA